CCCAUCCAUCCCAAGUGUAACGACCGCCAUGACACCCUAAAAUAACAGUCUAGGUGGUGGCAGCGGGAAAAGCUUUCCUAUUGUUACGCACUUGAACCCGAGCAUUUAAUAAUCAAGUACAAAAUACAAGUCGAUGCGAGUACUGCAAUUUUCCAGCACUGGUAUAGAAUCAUUUGUUUCCUAAGAAAGGAGCUCCAGAUUCCUCCAGGAUACCUUGGCUUAGUAGAAAACCCAACCAGCGCUAUACAUAGAAAGAGCAAUGGAAGAAACCCGCCCUUCCAAACGAAGUAAGACUUCCCCAACACCUGCUAAGGAGGAGGAGAAGAAGAACGGGAAUGAUAAUGAGGAGAGAGAGAAUGACGAUAAAAGCAAACAUCCUUUACUGGUAUUCGCUCAUGGCGCUGGAGCUUCCUCCUCCUCCCAGUGGAUGAUAAGAUGGAAGAAGAUGUUGGCAUCUGCAAUAGGUGCUGUGGAAGCUGUCACCUUUGACUAUCCAUAUUUUUCUGGAGGAAAACGCGGGGCACCUCCUAAGGCAGAAAAUUUGGUUGAUCCUCAUGUAGAAGAAGUGAGGAAAGCUGUUGCCAAGCAUCCAGGGCAUCCACUGAUCUUGGUGGGAAAAUCAAUGGGCUCGAGGGUAAGUUGCAUGGUAGCAGAAAAAGAAGAUAUUGAUGUCUCUGCAGUAGUUUGCUUGGGUUACCCUCUAAAGGGUGUUAAAGGAGCAAUACGAGAUGAGACUUUGUUGAAGCUCUCGGUUCAUGUUAUGUUUGUCCAGGGAAGCAAAGAUGCAUUGUGUCCACUGCAGAAGCUUGAAGCAGUUAGGCAGAAGAUGACAGCAAUGAAUGAGCUUUAUGUUAUAGAUGGUGGAAAUCAUUCACUCGAGGUUGGGAAUAAACUUCUGAAAGAAAAAGGAAUAAAUCAAGUUGAGGUUGAGAUGCAUACUCUGAAGUCUAUCCAGGCAUUUGUUUCAAAGGUGCUGACAGGUGCAUAAUAUGUUGACGCAAUUAUUUAUUCUUGGGGAAAGACAUCAAACUGGACUUGCAUCUACAUUUUUAUAAUGAGUUGUUCAGUGUGACAAUUGAUUUAAGGAGGAACUAUUGUUGAAAAUUUUAACUGAUUAAAAUCUUAUUUAAGUAGUCAAAAUUGUCGA